AUACGAUGACAAAUUUAGUGCCCGCAAUAUAGAUUUUUUUCACAGAUAGUUAAGUAAAUAGCAUAUGCGAUGGGUGAGGCCCAGGAUAGAACAGCUCGAACAGCUUCGGCAUGCAUUGCCUGCCGUGCUAUGAAACGAAAGUGUGUGAUGGCGGAGGGAAAGACAAAGUGCGAUCGCUGUAUAGCAAAGGGUAUUACGAAGUGUCAACCAGCACCAGGUAGGCCCUCUAAUAAACGAAAAGAUUUCGCAUAUGGACGGUCUUGCAAGCGAUGUCAUUCACUGAAACGAAGCUGCUCUGCGAGCGACACAACUAUAUAUCCAUGCACUCUUUGCGCUCAGCAAAAUUUACCGUGUGAGGUGCGCCAAACGGUGAAGGCCAAAAAGCAACGUGACGAUGCCGAACCAUACAUCGCUACACUCAGACUCUCUCUGGCGAUGAAUGCGACGUACGAGAGUCUCGCUGGUCUAGAUUCUGGAUCACUGCCGGACAUUUUUGGACUAGAUUUUCCGGCUGAUCAUGAUUGGGCCCUUUUCUUUCUUCCACGCAAUAUUUCACCUCAUUCGAUCAACUUCUUACACGAAGCGCGCAUUGUCAAUUGCCAUGUCGGUAAGUCAUUCACCGAGGACGAUGCGUUGGCGAUGCUAAACCAGAAACUUUAUGAUCUGAAACCUAGAGACGAACAGCAGUACAAACAGUUACUGCCUCACAUGGUUAAUGCCCCCGGAGAACCAAAAAUCACCCACAUGCUAGAAAUAAUCCAUGUGAUCGGCGGGCGCCUAUGCUCAGUUCAUAUCACACACCUACAUGACAUUACGGGCGUCACAAGAUUAUUGUUCAUGCGGGUUGUUGUAAUUGACGAGUUGGAUUUUCUUAACCCUGUUGAAAAGCUCACAGCACAAGCUAACUUGACAGCGAUACCUAUGGCCAACGAUGUCCCAUCAUUUUUGUUCAACAGUAGUACACCAUACACAAUACCGCCGUCACAAAGUGAUAAUAGCAAGCAACCAACUGAAUCUCAGUCUAAUAUCUCGGGAGAUUGGCACACAAUUUCUAUAGCGAAUAUUAAUUUGAUCCUCGGUAACAAGUUAAACUCCAUGGAUCAGGCAAUCAUGUCCGACUGCGGCAAUUUACGAUUAUAAUUAUUGGUGUAAAUAAAUAUAUACACA